AUGGCUUUUCUACAACGUCAAAAGGGGCCUGAUGUAGUGGGAUCGCGUGUAUUGUUACAACCUCUAGCAGAUGGUUUAAAAUUGAUUCUAAAAGAACCUAUUUCACCAAGUACUGCUCAUUUCUCCCUUUUUAAAAUGUCUCCAGUGGCUACAUUUAUGUUAAGUCUGGUCGCUCGGGCCGUUGUACCUUUUGAUGGUAUGGUAUUGUCAGAUCCAAACAUUAUUUUUUUUUCUAGGUUUAACAUACAUUUCCUUUUGAAUACGAAUAUAUCUCAAUUUAUCAUAGUAAGUCAUAAGGCUUGUUUCUUGUAG